AUUUCCAUUAAAAAAAUUAACAAGAAAUCAGAGAAAAAAAAUGGGAGAAAAAAACGUAGAAGCAUUUCAAACUCUUGUACGUUAUGAUAAUCCAAUAUUAGUUAUUAAGCAUCCGGAGAAAAAAGGAGCAGGAGAUGCAGAAAUACCAAGACCACAAACAGCUGCAGUUGUAUUCGAUACAAAACGCGAAACUGAAGAGAUUUUAAAUUCAAUUUUACCACCACGUUGUUGGGAGGAAGAUGGACAAUUAUGGACACAAACAGUUUCCAGUACUCCGGCUACCCGCCAGGAUGUUAUAAAUCUUCAAGAAAUGUUAGAUACUAGACUUCAGCAGACUCAAGCCCGAGAAACUGGAAUUUGUCCUAUUCGUCGAGAACUCUAUUCUCAAUGUUUUGAUGAACUUAUCCGUGAAGUGACAAUCAAUUGUUCGGAACGAGGACUUUUGCUUCUUCGCAUUCGCGAUGAAAUUGCCAUGUCUAUGGAAGCCUAUGAAACGUUGUAUUGUAGUUCUGUAGCAUUUGGUAUGCGAAAAGCUUUACAAGCUCAUGAAGAGAAAGAACGACUCAGGGAAAAAGUAAAACAACUCGAAAUAGAUAAAGAAGCUUUGGAAGAGAUAAUAACAGAUAUGAAAAUUAAAUCGGAACAAAAUGAACGACGUAAUGCUGAAUUAAGGGCUUCGGAAGAAAAGAAAUAUGCUGAAGAAGUUGCAUUUUUGAAGAAGACAAAUGCUCAGUUAAAGGCACAAUUGGAGGGAAUAACAGCACCAAAGAAAUAAAUAAUUUUGUUUUUGAUUUUUUUUUUGUCAAGUUAAAAUGGAUGUUGAUUUAGUUUUGUUUAUUAGUUGUCUGGUUCAUCGAUUUCAUUAAUUAUAGGAGUUUGUUUAAAUUUU